GUGUAUAAUAGAUGAUUAACACAACAAACUGUUUAAAUGCAUUCGUAUCAACUUGGGACUCUUAUUAUUAUAUAUAUGGAGUCACAAGUAUUCACUACUCAAAGAAAGAAAAAUUAGAAAUGGAGCUGAGAGAACCUGUAAGUCCUACUGGUCAAUACUUGAACAGCUCAGCUCUUUCGCUUAGUGUUUAUGCUUUUCUGGAAUUUGAAGUGCCAAUUGAUGAUUUACCAUUUAUGCCGUUGAUCAAGGAUGUGUUUCUCUCCAUCAACUCACGUUUCUCCUCCAUCAUGAUUGCAGAUAAAAAAGGAGAGAAACAAUGGAAGCGGGUUGAAGUGAAGAUCACAGACCACGUAAACGUGCCCAUUUUCCCCUCUGGACUUUCACCGGAAUCUUAUGAUAAACAUCUUGAUGACUAUUUCGCCAAAAUAGUAAUGGAAGAGCUUCCGAAAUCCCGACCUUUAUGGGAAAUCCAUAUAAUCAAAUACCCUACCAGCAGCGCGGCCGGUGUUAUAAUAUUCAAGCUCCACCAUGCCCUUGGUGAUGGCUUCUCUUUAAUAGGAGCCCUUCUUUCAUGUUUACAGAGGGCUGAUAAUCCUUCUCUUCCAUUGACAUUGCCUUCUGUUCAGUUAACCUCCAACAGGAAUGGUGACUGUAAUCACAAAAUAUUGAGGAGUGUGCCAAAGAUUUUUUCUUUGGUUUCUAAGACUGUAACAGAUUUUUGUUGGAGCAUAUUCAAAAGUACUCUGGUUGAAGAUGAUCAAACUCCGUUACGAUCUGGUGACGUUGGAGUUGAGUUUCGGCCAAUCGCCAUAGCAGCAAUGACUUUCUCUCUUGAUCGCAUCAAGCAGAUUAAGGCCAACAAUGGAGCGACGAUUAACGAUGUCGCUGUGGGAAUAAUCUUCUUGGGAAUGCGGUUAUAUAUGCAAGAAAUGAGCCAGGACUCGUGCAAAGCGCAGACUACCGCGCUGGUGCUGCUUAAUACCAGGGUGUUUCGAAGUUACGAGUCAGUGAAGGAAAUGGCUAAGCCUAGCGCCAAGACGCCAUGGGGGAAUCGUUUUGCCUUCUUACAUGUACCUAUACCUCAGUUAACUGAUGCUAUAUCUUCAAAUCCAUUGGAAUUUGUCUCCAAAACACAGCAAGUUAUGAAUGACAAGAAAAGCUCCCUAGCUGUUUUCCUCACUGGUCAACUUCUGGAGUUUUUAAAGAAAUUUAGAGGCCCUGAGGCAGCUGCUAGAUAUAUUCAUACCACUUUAAAGAACUCGACAGUGGGAAUCUCAAACCUCAUCGGUCCAACGGAAAAGAUGGCUUUGGCUAAUCAUCCGGUUAAAGGUUUGUACUUCACGGUGGCUGGUGCACCUCAGAGUCUUUGCAUAACAAUAGUAAGUUAUAUGGGAAAGCUUCGGGUUGCUGUGGGAGCAGAAAAAGGAUUCGUCGAUGCCCACAAGUUGAAGUCUUGCAUAGAAAAUGCUUUUCAGAUGAUACAUACAGCCGCCUGUGGAAUUACUCCUCAACAAGCAAGAGCAUGACACAAAGUGCUUUUUAAUUAUGAAUAGUUUCAAACUAAAGUAUUAUGGAGAUUAAACGGUGCUCGGUGGUUUUGCUUAAAUACUAAUACGCAUGAAUAAUGUUUCCUUCUAUUUUUUUUUU